GCUACGCUUUAGGCUGGCCUAAAUCUAUAUAUUACUGUAAUGCAAAUGAGAAAAGUUAUUCGUGAACUCCGUGAGAAGGGCUAUCGGCCAAUACCGUAGAGUGCCUCGUCAUGAUAUCGAGUUAUUUCCAUAUAUGACUAAAAAGUAGAAAAACACAACACCUUACUAUUGUAGUUCCGAUAUAAUACUGAUCUAGUGUUUCUUUAUAUUUCAGCCAUCCUUUUGAACCUUUAAUCCGGUUAAAUCGACCCUCAAAAUGGCGUUGACUGUGGACGAGGUACUUGAAAAGAUUGGGAGCCUGGGGCUGUACCAGAUCAGGCUGAUCUUUAUCCUAAGCUACAUAGAAUGGUUCAAUAUAACCUUCCAGAUCAUGGUACCUACCUUCCUCUCUGCGGAACCCAAGUGGAUGUGUGUCCCUCAUCUCAAUAACACCGCUUGUAACUUCACUGGAGAAUUCACUGCAGUGGAUAAAAGACGAUGCGAUAUGCCGAGGGAGGCCUGGACAUUUACCGAUGAUUUUACUUCCGUUGUCACGGAGUUUGACCUGGUUUGUGACAAAGCCGUGCUCUCCUCCCUUUCCACAUCACUGGUGUUUGCCGGCUGGCUGGUUGGAUAUUUACAACUGCUGGGAAUACCACAAAUGAACAUUUACAUGCCCCAGGCUUUUAAUGCUAAAAGCUCGCACAAGAGAGUGACCAUUUACAUGUACAUUGCGCAGUCUUUAUGCUAA